AGAUGUGUUCGUAGGAUAAGCUUCAAGUCAGCAAUACUCGUCCCUGGAUGCCCAUCUGUGUAUGAUAGCUGAAAGAAUUUACCAUGAGAAUGGCUGGACAGUUCCGAAGCUACGUGUGGGAUCCGAUCUUGAUCACCUCCCAGAUAGUGCUGAUGCAGUUCAUCUACUACACCUCACUAGGCCUUUGGAUUGCCUCUGUGGACUUGCUGAUUCGCUAUAAUCCUACACUUGACCAGAUAUUUCUUUAUGAGAGUUUAGGAUUUUCUUCAGUACAUGGGAGAGUCUCUAUGAUGGCUUUCAUUCUGAACUCCUUAACGUGCGCCCUGGGCCUGCUGUACUUUAUCCGCAGAGGAAAGCAGUGCUUAGAUUUUACUGUGACUGUUCACCUCUUUCAUUUCUUUGGAUGUUGGAUUUAUAACGCCCAGCUUCCCAGCACAAUCACGUGGUGGCUACUGAACAUUGUGUGCAUUGGCUUAAUGGCAGUAAUUGGGGAAUACCUCUGCCUGCGGACUGAACUCAAUGAGAUUCCUCUAAACUCCGCUCCUAAAUCUAAUGUGUAGAUUGUCUGAACUCUGCAUACCUCCCUAUUGUUGACACACUUCAGUAUUUCUUCUCCACACUGUUAGAUUUCCUAAUGGUUCCUGGAGUCUGUUUUAAACCAGUUCUGAUGUACAGUCUACAAGGUACAGAACAACUGAGUAUACAUGCAUUGAGCAAGCAUACAAUUCCAUGAUUUGAAAUCCUCCACAUUUGCACAUAUACACUUUUUGUUUUUAAUUGUAAUAGCUACUGACAUCAUGGGUUCCUCCUUGGUGCUUUAAUGAAAACAGAUACAGUUAGGGAAGACAGGACAUUUUCUGACACCUAAAAGUAGACUGUUGCUCAUUUGUAGUGAAUCUCAAU